UCAUUGCGGUGGACGACGUGCAGGCAACAGAAGGUUUUAUAUAUCCGUUUAAUCGAGCGGUCCGUUUCAGUUUGGUGCUAAGACGCGGGGCGUGCGUGCUUCCUCUAUUUUUCUUUCUCUGUUUUUUCUCGGUUUUUAUUUGUCUUAUAACUAGCCAAGGAAAAAUUAGUUUGGCUAUAUAAGUUUUUCUAUUGAUAAUAGAUAGACGGAAUCGAAAUUAAAUUCGAAUUUCAUUGGACUGUAGCGAACAUUGAAAGGAUAUUUCGGUCGUGGAAUAGGAUUACGGAUCGAGGAAGAUAGGAAGUGAUCGCGAAAACAAGUAGCGAUAACGAAUUCUUCACAUUGGAAUGUUGGAAAAGUUUACAAAUUUCUUGAUGGAUCAGUGUAAAUAAUAUUUGUUCGUAAACGCGUCGAAAGGAUAGAUUGAAGUAUAAUUGCCUGAUUAGCAGCGAUUAGCUUGCUUUGAUAGCGCAAAGGAUAGCAAACUUGAAACCAAGGAUAUUCGAACAUUGCUUGGAGUUGCUUCUCAUCGAAGGAUUUAACAGAGAAUAAUAUAUUAAACAAAAUGUCUGUCAAGUGGAAAAUUAGUGUUCGUGGAUUAUUAUCAAUGAAAACAGUGUUUCUGAUCGUGGCCCUUUUAUGCCUAAAUGUGGAUGGUGUUAGAGUGCAAACAAAACGUGUUAAAGGUGCAGCACCCAUACCAGCAGCAGCAGCAGCUCCCAAAGAUCAAUCAACAUCGGCAUCAUGGUGGCAAUCACAAGUUACAGUUGGUCCAUCAGAAUCGCCAAUUUCAGAUACCCAAUUCUUCUCAGCAACGCACGGUCUAGUCCAAACACAUCCUUCGUUGAGUAGUAAUGUGCCCAGACAAGCACCACUUAGUAGUAACGCUUUGGGCAGCGGAAGUGGUAGCAGUUCCGGCAGCAGUAAUGUUCGCGCAUCAUUAGGACGAAUUUCAAGUUCCGGCCCACUUCCUAUAGCACCAGAUCAGAAUUCCCGAUCGCCUUUCCGCCAUUUAGAUUUUGCAUCAAGCGCAACAGCUGAAUUGAGACGCAAUCCAAGCUUAUCGGCGCCUGAUGAAUGUGCUCGAGCCUGUCGAGAAGGAGAACCACCCAGAACUUGCUACUAUCACUUCACCUUGGAAUAUUAUACAGUACUUGGAGCAGCUUGCCAGGUGUGUACACCAAAUGCAACAAAUGUCGUCUGGAGCCACUGUCAAUGUGUUCUUGCUGAUGGUGUUGAACGUGGUAUCCUUACCGCCAAUCGAAUGAUCCCAGGUCCUAGUAUUCAAGUUUGUGAGGGUGAUCGUGUUGUAGUUGAUGUCGAAAAUCAUAUGGAAGGUAUGGAAGUAACUAUCCAUUGGCACGGAAUCUGGCAAAGAGGAUCACAAUAUUAUGAUGGUGUUCCGUUCGUAACUCAGUGCCCGAUUCAACAAGGAAAUACAUUCAGAUACCAAUGGACUGGAAACGCAGGCACUCACUUCUGGCAUUCACACACGGGUCUUCAAAAAUUAGACGGUCUCUGCGGCAGUAUAGUUGUCCGUCAGCCACCCUCUCGUGAUCCUAACUCGCAUUUAUAUGACUUCGAUCUCACCACUCAUAUUGUUCUCAUUACCGAUUGGCUUCAUGAAGACGCCGCUGAACGUUAUCCUGGUCGUUUGGCCGUCAAUACUGGCCAAGACCCUGAAUCAGUUUUAAUUAACGGCAAAGGUCAAUUCAGAGAUCCAAAUACUGGCUUUAUGACAAACACUCCAUUAGAAAUCUUCACUGUUACACCCGGACGUCGGUAUCGUUUCCGCAUGAUCACCGCUUUUUCAUCAGUAUGUCCAGCACAAUUGACAAUCGAAGGCCACACUAUGACGAUAAUUGCUACAGACGGUGAACCAGUGCAUCCGGUACAAGUGAAUACUAUCAUUUCAUUCUCAGGUGAACGUUACGAUUUUGUCAUCAAUGCCGAUCAACCAGUUGGUGCCUAUUGGAUACAAGUCCGUGGCUUGGGAGAAUGUGGUAUUAGACGAGUACAACAAUUGGCCAUUCUACGGUAUGCUCGCGGUCCAUAUCAACCAUCAUCUGCAGCACCAACCUACGAUGUUGGUAUACCACAGGGUGUGGUACUCAACCCAUUGGACGCUCAAUGCAAUCGCGAACGUGAUGAUGCCAUUUGUGUAAGUCAAUUGAAAAAUGCUUUGGAUAUCGAUCGUGGAAUUCUUCAAGAGAAACCAGAUGUGAAAAUCUUCUUGCCAUUCCGUUUCUAUUUGUAUCGCCCGGAAGAACUUUUCCAACCAAACACAUAUAACAGAUUCUUAGUCGCACCAACCGGUGAUCAUGUUAUAUCACUCAUUGAUGAAAUCUCAUACCUUUCGGCGCCGGCACCGCUAACAUCACAAUACGAUGAUAUCAAUCCGGAGCAAUUCUGUAACGGGGACAAUCGUCCAGCAAAUUGUGGUACAAAUUGUAUGUGCACGCACAAGAUCGAUAUUCCAUUGAAUGCAAUUGUAGAAGUUGUUCUAGUCGAUGAAGUACAACAACCAAACCUUAGUCAUCCAUUCCAUUUGCACGGAUAUGCAUUUAAUGUGAUCGGUAUUGGCCGAUCACCCGAUUCCAAUGUGAAAAAGAUCAAUUUGAAGCAUGCACUCGACUUGGAUCGACGUGGUCUGUUGCAUCGACAAUAUAAUUUGCCACCUGGUAAAGAUACAAUUGCUGUGCCAAAUAAUGGAUACGUUGUGUUAAGAUUUAGAGCUGAUAAUCCAGGUUUCUGGCUAUUCCAUUGUCACUUCCUCUUCCACAUCGUAAUUGGUAUGAACUUAAUUCUGCAAGUAGGAAACAAUGCUGAUCUUCCACCAGUGCCACCUGGUUUCCCAACUUGCGGUGAUCAUACACCAGCUAUUCAAACAAAUUGAUAGAAAAAGCAAAAGACAAAAUACACCUAGAAUGACUUAAUAUGACAAACUAAAUUGAAAUCCAUAGAAUCGCUUUUUGUAUAAUAUCAUUCGAAUUCAUGGACUUUUACAAGCAUAAUAACUAUGUAUCUUACAAUCAUACCUCCAACAAAUAAUUCUUGUUGAUUGAGAAAUGAUUGUAGAAGAUAACAAUUUGCUAGGGACGAGAUGUGUUUAUUUUUGUUUAUAUAAAUAGCGAAACUCAACAAAUAUGCAAUCUUAUAUCCUCUUAGUGUAUAAAAUGUAUAUCCGUAUGUUAUUUACAAAUUUCUUUUGAGAUUAUUUCUUUUAUUUUCUAUUUGUAUUUUUAUUUAAUUAUCCUUUUAUUUGUUUCAUAUCAUACUUUUUUUAAAUAUUCAUCAACCAUCAUAAAAGAGGAUAAAUUACGAGGAAAAAAGACAUGCGAAACUGUAAAAAACAACUGAUAUUUUGUAUAGAUUCCGAUUUAUUUUUUUUUUAUUUUUUUUGUUUUUCUGUUUAUUUUGUAAGAUAUUUAUUAUGCGAUUUUUCUCUCGAAAAGAUGUUGCACUCCAUCUAUCUACGGUGUACCUUGCAUGAUGUGAAGAUUAAGAUACUCUUACUAAUCUAUUCUUAUAGAAAUUGUCUCUCUUUUAAAAUUUUCUUCUGGGGAAGGGAGUUUUUCAAAAUGUUUAAAAUAAAAGCAACUAUUUUUUCCUAAAAUUAUCAAAAUUAUCCUUUCUCAUGUUCUUUUAAUUUAUUUCUCCUUUGUCUAUCAUUUAUUUUAAGAACUGUAAUAUAUUGAUGCUUUUUAUUGAUUCCUAAUGAAUAUUUUUACUUGAUUAUUAACUAUCUUACUAUUUUAGCUCUUCACAGUUAGUUGAGAAUUUUCAAGUUUGAUUUAUUUUGAGUUUAUCCAUUCAGCAUUAAAAAUAUUAUUAAAUCAUUUUGUUCGUUCUAUUCAUCACAGAAACCGUAAAGACCUGAUAAAUAUUUUAUGAAAAAAAACUAAGACUGUAAAAUGAAUAACUAGCGAAAUGUCUAGUCGAUUAUUGCUGUAUUUGCACAGAAUAUCGAAACAAUGAUCGAUUAUGCACGUUCCUGAGACAGAAUUCACUGCCAAGUCAAAUAAUUUCUCUUUAAAUUUUGUUUGCUGCCAUUGUCGUAAUCUUUGUUUUCAUUAUGAAAAUUUGCUCUCAAGGUCCGAAAUUUUCACAUCAAUAUUUCUAUAACUCGUGUAAAUUGCAAAAAUAAUAAAUACGUUAUAGAAAAGAUAAACUAACAAUGAGUGACCAAUCUUGCCUUUAUUUAAUAAAAGAAAAGUAAAAUUUUCAACUUUAAACUGAUCAGUAGUUUUGGUAAAUAUAAAUUUUAAAUAAUUGAUUGUAUUUGAAAUGAAAAAAAAAUAGAAAAAUCCUUCAAAAAGAAAAUUUACGCAUAGCUCUUAUGAAUGAAGUUAUUUUUUUUUAAUGAAAAGAGUGAAAAAAAUAUGAAAAACAACUCUUUGUAUGUAUUGUAUUUAUGUAGCAUAAACAAUAAUUAUAAAUUUAAAAAUAAUGUAAAAAUCUUGUUUCGAUUCAAUACUAACAAACUAACAAACAUAAUUCCAAAUAUGGGCCUAAAACCUAAUUAAAACUUAACUGAAACAUCUACUUCUUUCAGAGAUCUUUCAGCCGUGUACAUAUUUGUACCUUUUCAAUGAUGUCAAAAAUAAAUUUUGAUAUCUUGGAAGAUCGAUUUCAGGGCGAUCGAAUUUCAAUUAUUGUUUAUAAAUUUUGUACAGGAAAACUCUUCGUAAAAAUUCGUCCAUUAAAUUGGUAAUCAAAAGGCUUAAGUCGGUUUUCACUCAAAAUUUCUUAACAGUUAAAUAUCUUGAAUUUAUUAAAUUUAGCAUGCUUUACAAAAAAGUUGUAUCUAAUCAUAAAUCAAUCUAACUCAAUUUGAGUGAAAAUCUUCUUACCUACUUAAUCCCUUUGACAAACGAAACUUUGUACAGGAAAAAUCUUCCGCCUUGUGCACUAAAAUUUGUAAAA